UUAUGGACCCACAGUUGUCAAGUCAUGUUUCCUUUUUUCUAACUAUAUUCAGCAGUCUGUUUCUGAAAUGGAGAAGAGCAUUAGAUAUGCCCACAUGGAAGAGGAGGAGUCUGAGCAAAAUAAGCGCAAACUUCAAAUGGAAACAGUGACGUCCAAAAGGAAAUUUAAAACAAGUGAGGAAGAACUUGCCGACAUACCCAUUAAUUCUAUAGACCUUUCAAUAGCCAGAGCUGAACAGACCUUGAGAUCUACAUUGGAUAGCAGAAUAAAGUGGAAUUCCUCAGACUUGUGGUAUGAAACAAGAGGGCAGAAGCGUGUUGGUUUCAAAAACAAUAUGGAGAAGCUGGAAAUCAAGAUACUUCAAGCUUGCAGAUCAUUGCGUGUUAGAGCAGAUCGUAAAACCUUGCAUGAAAUAGCUGAAGAAAAUUCCAGACGGAAUAAAGAAUUCAGAGAGCUAUGUGCAAGACGUGCACCUAUGUUUUGGAUACCGCUCAGGCCACAUUGUGUGUGGGAAAGAAUGUCUGUUGUGCUGGUCUGCACUGUACUUGGAACACCUAAACCAACUAUCCAAUGGUUUAAAAAUGGACAGCCUAUUGAACUGAAAACAUCACCACCCGGAAAAUAUAGAAUCCUAAAUGAAUUUGGCAUGCUUACCCUGGAGAUUCGCAGAUGUUCCAUGGAAGAUUCUGCUGAUUAUAGUGUUGUGGCUACUAAUAGCUUUGGACAGGCAACCUCUUUUGCAAAUGUGCUUGUUAAACAAUAUCUAGGGUUAAAAUCUGGCUGGGAUUCAAUUUCCUAUCCUGCUUUGCUGCCAGCAUAUGAAGGUGAAUUCACUAGUAACUUGGGACCAGUGUAUACAAGGGAGAAGGAAUCGUUUGCUCUGUCAUGUUCUGUUUCCUCCAGUCUUGAAAGACACAAGCCAAGUGUACAGUGGUUUAGAGAUGGAAAAUUAGUAAAAGAGACGGAAGGCAAGAAGAUAAGCUGUGAAGGCUUAGCGGUGUCUAUAACUGGGUCUCCUGCUUUUAAAGAAGAUGAAGGUUUCUAUACAGUCUCUGUACCCGCUGCAACUGGGCAUCAGGAACAAACUACCUAUAUGUUUGUGAGAGAUGCUGUACCAACUAAGGCUGGGGUACCAGGAUCCCCUCUCAAUGUGCAGUGCAACGAUGUCCAGAAAGAUUGUCUACUUUUAUCCUGGACUCCUCCAAGUGAUGACAGGGGCAGCUCCAUAAUUGGUUAUUUUAUUGAGAAACUUGAUGUUUCAACAAAUGAAUGGCUACAGUGCAAUCAAAGUCCAGCAAAGAUCUGCAAGUUUCCUAUAGGUGGACUUACAGAAGGUAAUACAUAUCAGUUCCAAGUGAAGGCCCUAAACCAGGCUGGAGUUGGUCUUCCUUCCAAGCCAAGUGAACCUGUCACUAUGAGAGAUCCAGCUCAGGAGAGCAAAUCUAUAGUAAUUCCAUAUGAUGAAGCAAGGGAGAUUACACUCAAUGAAAAAGAGCUUGAGGAAGAUGUCAAAGUUCCCAGAUCACCAAAAAAUGUUUAUGCAUCAGAGGUCAACAAAGACUAUAUUGUACUUGCAUGGGAUGAACCUGAUCCAUGUGGCAAGGAGCCUAUUAAUUAUUAUGUAGAAAAGUGCAUUGCAGGAAGUAACGUUUGGGAGAGGAUUAAUGUGGACACAACUCUCCAUUCCCCACGGUUUUCUGUGAUGGAUCUUGAUAAAGGCAAAUCCUACUGUUUCCGUGUAAAAGCUGUAAACAAAUAUGGAGUCAGUGAUCCAUCUAAGUCAAGUUCCCCAAUCUGCCUUAAAGAUAUAUUAGUGGUUCCUCCUGCACCUGGGCAUAUUUUAGCCCUUCGAGACACAAAGACAUCUGCAAUAGUACAGUGGGAGAAAGUGGAGCAUGAGCCUGACAUCCUUGGUUAUUACUUGUACAUUCGAGAGGUAGGCGAGGAAGAGUGGAAACCUGUCAACAACAAGCCACUACAAUGUACAAGGUUUACAGUGCCCGAGUUACAGACUGGGAAAGAUUAUGAGUUCUGUGUGGCAGCAGUAAAUGAAGCUGGGCUUAGUGAAAGAUCACCAAUAUCAAAACCAUUGACAAUUCAUGAGGCCAUUUACUGUCCAUCGGCUCCAUAUGAUUUUGCCCUCUUGAGUUGUGGGAAAGAUGAAAUGACAAUUUGUUGGAAGGCUCCAAAAUUCACGGCGGGAAGAGAAGUACUUGGAUAUUUUCUUGAUCAACAUGAUCCUGAGGAUAUUGCUUGGAAAGACGUGAAUAGCGAACCAAUUCAAAAUACAAUGCUUAAGGUAACAGGUUUGACUGAAGGACAUUUCUAUGAGUUCCGUGCUCGAGCUUUGAAUUCGGCAGGGGUAGGAAAGAUGUCUGAGCAAAGUGACCUUUUUAAAUGUGAGGAGUGGACAAUGCCUGAGCCAGGUCCGCCACAUGAUGUCAGAUGCAGAGAAAUAAGAGAUAACACCCUGAUGCUUCACUGGGAAAGCCCUGUAUACAUAGGAAGCAGUCCUGUUAUUGGCUACUUGGUAGAGGCAUGUGAAGAAGGCUCUGAAGACUGGAAGAAGAUUAAUGAAAAUCCAAUACCAGACACACAUAUGAGGAUCUCCGAUCUGGAAACAGAUAAGAGUUAUCGGUUCCGUGUUAGUGCUGUUAACACAUCUGGUCCUGGCAUUGUGUCUGAGCCUUGUGAUCCUGUGAUCCCUGUUACCAAGCCAGGCACAAAUGAAAUUGAAGUUGGCGUGGAUGAUGAGGGACUUAUAUACCUUUCCUUUGAGAAUCCAGAGCAAAUUGAGUCCCCACAGUUUGAGUGGUCUAAAGACUACAAGGGAGCUCCAGAUCCAGAGAGAACAGACAUUUCUACAGAAGGAAACAAGUCCAAACUAAUCUUGACAAAACCAUCUGAGGAAGAUGUGGGCAUCUAUUCUGUGGAAGUUCCAAAUACAGAUGGGGUAUCUGCUAGUCAUACAUUAACAAAAGAGGAAUUGUCAAACUUGCUCAAAAAAAGCCACGAUGUACAACACCCAUUGAUACAGAAAAUAUCAGGAUGGAAUGUGGAAGUGCUGGAAAAUGGUGAUGUGCGGCUCUGGUUAGAAUUGGAAAAACUUUCCCCUGCUGCAGACUUAGAAAUGGUUCUCAAUGACAAAAUCAUCAAAAAUACACCAAAACGGAAAAUAAAGUUUGACAAGGAAAAUGGUCUUAUAGAAAUUAUUAAAGAAGACUUUGGAGAAGAAGAUAAGGGCACAUAUGCUGCCAAAGUGGUGGAUGGAAAAGCAUCCAACCUGUUCAGUAUCAUCCUUACUGGAGACGACUUUGACAAGGUACUUGAUGAGUCUAAACAGAAACAAAAGCAAUGGAAAAAGAAGAAAGGACCACAUUUUGUGGAGCAGUUGGAAUGGACGGUUACAGAAGAGUGCAAUGUUAUAAUGACAUGCAAGGUCACAAACACUGAGAAAGAAACAACUCUCAAAUGGACUUUUGAUAAGAAACCACUUCCAAACGGACAAUACGAUGGACAAAGUGGAUCAGGAACAUUGGUUAUUAAAAAGUUCACAAAUGAAGACAAAGGGCAUUACAAAGCUAUAGUAAAGGAUGUUAGAGGAGAAGAUAUCAGUGAUUUGGAUCUAACUAAGGAAGGCUUUGAAGAUAUAAUGAAGGAAAUUUCUAGAAUAAGUGCUUUUUCUGCUUCCCCACUAAAAUGUCAGGGCACGCCUGAAGGAAUAAAGAUUUAUAGUGAUGUGAAACAAUUCACGGAUAUAAUGAAUCCAGUGUGGCACCACAAAACUCAGAAAUUGUCCAGUACAGAAAGGAUUAAAUCUGGCAGCACAGAAAACCAAGUGUGGCUUCAAAUGAAGGAUCCCACUGAUUCAGACCGAGGUCUGUAUACAGUUGAACUGUUUGAUGGUAAAGACAUCCAUAAACGGACCCUGGACCUGAGUGGUAAAGCAUUUGAGGAUGCAAUGGCAGAACACCAAAAAUGCAAGGAAACAGCUGUAGUAGAAAAAAAUCGUGCUAAAGUGGUCCGAGGUCUACCUGAUCUGGCAACAAUAAUGAUAGGCAAGACCCUGUGUUUAACAUGUCAUAUAUCUGGAGAUCCUGCCCCUGAGGUCUCCUGGGUAAAGAAUGAGAAGAAGGUGGUUUUCAAAGACCGCUAUAAACUGGAUGUGAAGGGUACAAUCGUAACUUUGACCAUAGAGAAGAUCUGUGCUGAAGAUACUGGGCGCUACAGCAUUUCUGUGAAGAAUAAAUAUGGGUCUGAGAUUGGGCAAGUGACUGUGAGUGUAUUUAAAGAAGGAGAAGAACCAGAAGAACUUAAAAACACAAAUGACAAAGCUCCAGAGCCUUAGAUAUCAAAACGUGUUACAUUGUUAAGUUAAA